CACUCGGAUGCCUAGGCAGAAUACAAGCGAAUGCCACAUUGGUUGUUAGACCGUCAUACCGAUGCAACCACGCGUAGUUGAGACAUGGAAAUCGCGCGGGAAAACUGACAGUUCAGUUCGUGACCCCGAGUGGAUUAAAGAAAACCAAGUGUAUUUUUUUGUGUUACUGUGUAUGAAGAUUUUUUUCGGGGCAGCCUCAAAUAAUUUAGUGUAAUAAAACAAUGAUGUCAACUGUACCUUGCAAUACGAAGAUGGAUGACGCCAUAACCAAAGAAACGCACGGCCCGCUUUGUAACAAAUAACAGAAAAAAGCACGCGCGGCAACAGGUUUCAAGAUGUUUCAACAGAUGGCGUUGAUUAUGCUCUCAAUUGCGGUCACCGUGUCAGCUGUUUCUGGUUCCGCUGGUGAGAUGGCGCUGGCUAAUGUCACGAGAUUUGCAUCUGGAGAUUUAUUUUCACUUAUUGGUACUGACUGCGGACCAACGAGGUGUAUGGAGGUAUCGCACGGCACCGCUCUGUCAGCGAUGGGUAGUGAGGGCUGCGUGUGCCAAUGUAGACGAGACACGCCAGCUUUCAGGGAGGAUCAGAGAGUGUGCGUCAAUCACAUCGACGAAUGUUCCACCGCCAAAUUUGGAAGUGGCGCAGCUUCCUCUCAUAUACCUUUCGUUUUUCUACCUUUAAAAGGACAAAUUAUUUAUCCAUCAAAAGAAAUAAUUUUUACCGAUGUGACUGACGCAAUUUGCGCGGUGACGAGUGCCCAAUACCUGUCGCCUUUAGGAUGGGUGACCUUGCGGGACGUGGUGGAUAACGAUGUGCCAUUUAGCCUUUACAGGGAUGAAGGGAACACGUUUUUGCAGUGGCGCGGCUCAUCAUCACUGCACACCAGACUGGAAGGUCGGCUGGUCGCCGCGCACGUCUUGUGCUCGGCGCCGGAGCAGACCCGGCUAGCCGCCUCUUGUGCGGCCUUUAGGAUUGCAGGCGCAUCGCAGAAUACUUUACUUGAUGUAAAAUCGAUACCUUUUCACGCUGGAGAAGUCGUUACAUCGGAGCCAGCCAGUCACAGUCAAGGUCUCAGCGUCCUCGAGCUUCUAGCGAUUUGCGUUUGCGUUUUAAUGUUGGUCUUUAUAUACGCAGCUGGAAUUAUCUUCUAUGUGCACUAUAAGAAAAGGCAAAAGAGAAACGGAAAAGACCCGGAACUAAAUUUAUCCAACACAAUGUCUACGGAUAACAUUUCCACGCUUGAUUCGAGAAUUGGCAUGGAGAACGUUCAACUGAAAACCAACCCUUUACUUGGCAUGGGUAAUAUAACUAAUGAUUUCAUUCAUGAUGCUGGAUUAUCAGACGUAAGUGAACAUACGGAAGACACUAUGGACUCAUCUUCAAAUAAUACUUUUAUGAAGGCAAAUUCUAAUGUCAUAUCAGCAGUUGUACAUACGAAGCGAAAGAAACCCAUUAGGUCGAUGGCAAGAGCUACAUCAACUCCCGAAUGCAUAAACGAGAGAUUGCAACGAAGGUCGGCCUCUCCAGAUACUUUUGAAAGAGCUCCUCAUUCAGAUUUAUCUAUAAUUGAUUGCAGCUUAGAAAAUAAUACUGUUGCCCCGCAACCACUGCAAUCCUCUAAUGGAGAGGGUGCACUAAGAAAAAAAUUAUAUUUUAAUCCAGUGUUUUUCGAGUCCGAGCAUCUUAAGAACCCUCCACCUGCUGCAAUUGAAUUCCUCAUUAAAAUCCGUGAAGUAAUGUCGGUUGCUAAAGAGAAAAUGGUAUCUAAACGUUUUAUCCCAAAUUUGAAUGAUAUUCCGGAAGAAGAACUUUAUCAUACUAUCGAUCUAGGAUGGGAUAUACCUUGUGCGAGACGUGGUAGAAGGUUUAGUGCAAUAAGUCUUAAACAAGAAAACAGCCGAAGAACAGCCCAUUGUGGGGGUUGUCCUGGCUGUGAUAGUAGUAAUUCAAAUUCAAUGAAAAGUGUUGCAUUGGCAAGAUCUAACUCUUGUAAGACUUGUGUUAGUGAUGACUACAAGCAACGAAUUGUACGUAAAUGGUUAGACGAAGUUCCGUCUCCACAGUCAGCAGUAAAACCUAUAAAAUCGGUAGCUAAAGUAAGUGGAACUCCGAGAAUCGUUGAUUCCAAACCAAAGAACGAGUCACUGCUACUGCCAAUACGGCCUUCGGAGCCAACAGAAAAUAAAGAACCAGUCAAAGAACUAAACGUACGAACAAUUUUAAAAGAAAAUAUUGAUGAUACACGUAGAGAGCAUAUUGUCAGGGAAAAUGACACAAUAUCUUUUAUUUCGACUCAGACUGAAAUGAAUGCAGAAUCUAUACAAACAAUUAUAGGACCAGCAAAGAUAAGCCCUACAAAUCACAAAUCACGUCGCAUAAGAAGAAAGCUGCCUCCACCUCCACCGCCACCAAUAUGUCCACCAAAGCCACCUAAAGAGGAAGAUGUUGAGCCAAUAUUACCUGAAGUAAAAAUAAAGAUGGAAGCAGUUAUUCGUGAACUUAAUAAAUGCCGCAGAGUAGAAUUACCAGAGGCGAAAGAAUCUGAAAAGAAUAUUUUAAAUGCUCCAAAAAUAGUAAUUCCAGUUCUAGCCGCGGACUCACACUACUACAGUGAUGACAAUAUAUUGUUAUCGGAAAAGAGUAAAAAAGAAUUCUACAUACAUCGUGAUGAUACUAUUCAUUGUGACAGUUUAGAACGGAGUUCAUUAAGGAGAAGAAGAUAUUCACUUGCUUGUGAACCAGAACUAGCUCAAAAAGAAGAGUUCAGAAUACAUUCAAAUAUAUCGUCUACUAAAGAAAGAUUAUCUAGUAGUUGGCGUGACUUAAAGAAAGCUGUAGAUAGACAUCAACUAGUGCCGCAACUCAUUGACAUGCAGUUUGAAAAUAGAAGUGAAAUUUUCAUUAAUUCAACAGAACCUUUUUAUGAUAAUGUUUGCAAAACGGGACCUCUAACUAUCAAAGUUAGUGGUUCGCCAAUUGAAGAUAGGCGUAACCAAAGCGAAGAAUUUGACCCCGAUACUCUUGAUAGAAAACCAAAACGAGAAUCAAAAAAGCGUGUGGAGAAAAUUCUCUUGAAAUCUGGGGGAAGUUUCAAAUUUAAAGCCCCCGAACAAGAUAUUGAACCUACUAAAACUCCGCCUGAAUCAGUAUUUACCAGAAAACUAGGAAGUUUGAGGCAAAUCUAUGAGGCAAAAAAUAAAAACCAAGAUAGUGAUUCAGAGUUUUACGGAAGACGUGGCAGUAUUCCUUUUAUAAAUCCUGAAAUGACGGGAUAUUCAAGGUCUCUCAAAACACCUGAUUUGAUCAGACAAAUUGAAAGUCAAAAAGAUAAACCUCCGUUACCUCCGAAGCAAAGGCACGCUUUAGAAUCAUCUCCAAAAAUUUCUACAGCCCGAGGAAGCCCUUUAGGAGAACACCAUCGGAGGCCAGAAGAACGUGAGCGAUUUUCCCAAAAUGCAAAAUUGGACAACAUCAGUGCUCGCCGCUCUGGACGUCGAUCAGCCCGAACAAGAUCACGACGAACAGACUUAAGAAAGCUUUAUAGAACUGAAGAUUCUGGUUAUAUGAGCACAGAUUCAAAUGAAUCGAAACGAGUGCGGUAUCUGAUGCAACUGAGACCUAAAACAGCUGUAUCUGAGCCGCCAAAAUUUCUUAAUAAAAUGCCAGUUUUACAGAUCGAGUCUGACACAGAUGAUCUGGAAUCAUUGUGUGAUGGACACAGUGAAUCUGGUGGAGAGAGCGUGGAAACAGAUUCUGUAUUUUUUGGAAAUUUUGAUGAUACAAAAGAUAUGUUGGCCGAUCUUGCCCUCAACAGUUUAAGCAGUCAAACUAAGGGAUUAACUCAGGACCAAAUCGACUCUGGGUUCAUGGGUGAGACUAACAUUAUUCUGAGUGGAGAUAGCGACUCGGAACAUAGGAGUGUCAUAUCAAUAAUAGGUGGAUGCGACGGAAAAGUAUCCUCUGCUUCCUUAACCAAAUUAGAUGAUCCGCCAUAUGUUCGUUCUGUAGAAUGUUAAUUAAUAUAUUUAGUUUUAUCAUAUUAAAAUAUUUUAAUACAAAUUAUUAUAAAGCGAUAAGAUAAAAUAUUGAGAAGAAUAUCUGCUUUUAAAAGGAAAACGAAUUCGUCAUGUAGGUACUUACUUUAGCGAUAUCGUAGUAAAGGUUUUAAAAAUAUAGUAACACAUUUUUUCUAGAUCAAGAUUUAUAUUUUUAAAUUCACACUCAAGAGCAAUAUUUCAUCUCCCCAAUUAUGAAAGAUCUUUCAGUUUUACUUCGAUCAUAAAAUUUUGAACGAAGUUAACAACUGAAAUAAUAUUUUGAAGUUACCUACACACGACUGUGAAAUUCCGAAAUACUCGUUGCUUAAUAAAAUCAUACCCACCAUAAUAGAACUUUGCUCAUGACUAAUUAUAAUUAAUAAUAACGAUAAUAAGAAUAUUGUUAGUAAGAGAUAUUAGUAAGAGUUAUUUUAUGUCAUAAAUGUUACUUCUAAUUACGUUAUAAAUAAUUUAUAAAAAAUAUAUCUUGUAUUAUAUUGAGGUAAGAAAAGAUUGCUUUCUUUUUAGGUUUCUUUAAUUUAUUGUAAUGUUAUAUUAUAUUUUGUGAAAAAAUUCUAAGUAAAUAAUAUAUUUAAGUAGAAUUUUAACUUUUUGUAAAUUAUUAUGAGUGGCCGGAAGUGCAAUGAAACUUAAACCUUAACUUUUAUUCUACUUGGAAACGGUUCUUUUCUAGAUGUGUGGUACUUGGAACAUAAGAGGCUCAGUUACUAAAUCCAAAAACAUCAUCUAUCGCUCUAUUUCAUAGUUGUAUCACAAUACUUGUUAUUAUAUUUGCCGGGAUAGGUAUAUGGAGCAGGUAUAGAUAAUAAAUAUAUGGGAAUAACAUUACUUCAAAACUUCCAUACUAAAUAUUUUGAAAUAAAUAAAAUUCACACAUAUUGUACGUCCUAUUUUUAUUAUUGAUCCUUCACCCUUAAACUAUAACUUUGCUGCAAGUUAUUAUGCUAAAUAAAUGUACAAAGAUUACGUAGGGUUUGUAAGUACAAAUCCUAUGCUAUUUUCCUCUCGGUGCACCAAAGAUGCUACGAGUGAGACAAUCUACAAAAAAAAUAAGUCUACAGCGCAGAAAAGCUAGCAGCAGGCAAAGAUUUGAAUCGUGCAGCAGGUGGUGCAUUGUGUUUGCACCAAAAUAUACACACCACUCCACUAAAUAGCUAGAUUUGGUGAAUAUUUUUUGAAUAAUUUGUUAUAGCAAAAAUGUAUUCGAAAUCUUUCAUAAUGCAGGUCUAUUAUACCAAAAAUAACUACAUAGGAUUUAAAAGAAAAGCUUGGCUCAUAAGGGGAUCGAACCCGCGACCUUCGCGUUAUUAGCACAACGCUCUAACCAACUGAAGUAAUGGGCCACUCUUACGCUGUAAGAAAACAAUAUUAUCUAUAUAUACCAUAUCUAAACCGACUAACCUGAAGACGUUUAUAAAUUUGUUUAAAACUUUCAUGGUCACUAACAUUAUAGCUAUUAGGUAACAGGAUUGUUACCAUGUAUCUUGUUUUUUAUGAGUCUCCGAUAUACGGAAUAACAUGUCUCCGAUAUGUUACUCCGUGAUCAUGGCGCUUGCAACAGUGCCGAAAUAUCGGUACAUGGUAACAAUCCCGUUAAUAGCUAUAAUUUUUAAAUUUGUCCCAUUCUGAAAAUUUCCGACUUGGAUCAAUUUAACGUGAUACAAA